CAGCCAGUGAAGCAAAUUUACAUACAGUUAUAGAUCGAACGCGGUAGCGAAUUGGCGAAGCUAGCAAUAUUAGAGAGAAUGGGAAAGCAAUCAAGCGCAUCGGUUACGACCCAGCCAAGAAAGACAUGGCCCUUGACGAUUCUAUUACUCCUCACUCUGUCAACAGCCAUGGCCUUCCUCAUCAUAUCCACCUUCGAUUCUUGCACCACCAGUUCUAGGAACAAUGUGGGUCAUUACAUCCAAGAAAGGCAAAAAGAAAAAGAAGAACAAUGGAGCAUCGACAAUCAAGUUAACCGCAAUGAUCAAGCACCGAGUCCGAACCCUCUCGAUUUCAUGAAAUCAAAACUCGUUCUUUUAGUCUCUCACGAACUUACCCUUUCCGGUGGACCGUUAUUGUUAAUGGAACUGGCAUUUCUGUUAAGAGAGGUUGGCGUCCAGGUUGUCUGGGUAACUAACCAGAAACCAAACCAACCUGAUGACGUCAUGUACAGUUUGGAACAUAAGAUGUUGGAUCGAGGAGUUCAGGUUUUCUCUGCCAAAGGUCAAGAAGCUGUAAAUACUGCUCUUAAGGCUGAUUUGGUAAUUUUGAAUACUGCAGUUGCUGGAAAGUGGUUGGAUGCUGUUCUUAAAGACGAUGUUGCUUAUGUUCUUCCAAAAGUUCUGUGGUGGAUUCAUGAAAUGCGAGGACAUUAUUUCAAACUAGAGUAUGUUGAGCACCUCCCGUUUGUUGCAGGUGCCAUGAUUGAUUCACAUACCACGGCAUAUUACUGGAAAAACAGGACCCACGACCGAUUAGGGAUUAAAAUGCCUGAAACAUAUGUUGUGCACUUAGGAAAUAGUGAGGAACUAAUGGAAGUGGCUGAAAAUCGUGUUGCCAAAAGGGUUCUUCGUGAGCAUGUUCGUGAAUCUCUUGGAGUGCGAAAUGAAGAUCUGGUCUUUGCUCUUAUAAAUAGUGUUUCCCGUGGAAAGGGUCAGGAUCUAUUUCUUCGUUCAUUUCAUGAAAGUUUGCAGAUGAUCCAGGAGAGAAAACUACAGCUGCCAUCAAUUCAUGCAGUGAUAGUAGGAAGUGACAUGAGUGCUCAGACAAAGUUUGAAACAGAACUGCGUAACUUUGUUUCGGAGAAGAAUAUUCAGGAUCGAGUGCACUUUGUUAAUAAAACCCUGACUGUAGCUCCCUAUCUGGCAUCUAUUGAUGUUCUCGUUCAAAAUUCUCAGGCCCGGGGAGAGUGUUUUGGAAGGAUAACAAUAGAAGCUAUGGCCUUUCAGCUCCCUGUACUGGGCACUGCAGCCGGUGGCACCAUGGAGAUAGUGGUGAAUGGGACAACAGGCUUGUUGCAUCCGGUUGGCAAAGAAGGCGUGACACCCCUCGCCAAAAACAUUUUGCAACUGGCUGCAAAUGCAGAGAAGAGGCUGACGAUGGGGAAGAAAGGGUAUGAAAGGGUAAAAGAAAGGUUUUUAGAGCAUCACAUGUCUGAGAGAAUUGCUUUGGUUCUAAAGGAAGUGCUGCAAAAAGCAAAGCGCCACUCUCAUUCUUAAAAUUUGCAGUAGUUUCGGUGCCUUUACCAUUAUCCAGUAGAAAAAUUUGUCAUAUGCUGUUUUUGCCAGGCAUCUGAUGACUAAACUUCAUUUUAAAAUCAAUUUGUAUAUCAUGUAGCCGAAAAAGUGCUGUAGAUAUUCAUGUUAUAGUGCCAUUUUUCAUUCUUUUUUACUUCUAAAUUUGUAAUUUGGACUCUUGUGAGGAAAAAUUAGAUUAUUCUUUUUCAAAAUUAAAAAAAAAAAAAAAUCCUGUGGUCCUUAAGUGGGUCCAAAUUUCCAAAUCAAAUGUUAUCAAUGGUUGAUGUGUCAAUAAUCUUUUUCUUUUUGUUUCCUGGAAUGGGAAGAAAAUUUAAUGUGGACCGUUAAUAUUAGC